AUGAGGGCCCAAAAACGAAAGAUAGUGAUGUUUGUCGACAAUUGCACAGCUCACAACAAUAUGCCAAAAUUGGAGUACGUUAAAUUAUUGUAUUUACCCGCUAAUACAACAGGUAAAUUGCAGCCCAUGGAUCAGGGUAUUAUCAACAACUUAAAAGUGUACUACAGAAAGGAAGUUGUGCAAUAUGUUCUAAAGUCUAUAAAAGAUGAUAAAAGCCCUGAAAUCAACAUACUACAGGCCAUGAGUUUUGCAAGAAAAGCUUGGUUUUCAGUUAGCAAAACCACAAUAAGUAAUGGUUACAAAAAAGCUGGAUUCAAAGUGACGAAUGUAUCUGAACCUGAGAACCUACAAGAAGAGGUAGAGACCAUUGCAAGAUUUCCAGAAUGGAACAAACUAAUUUUCACCUGUAGGAACAACGAAAAUGACCAGCAGCCGAGUUUUCAGGAUUUCGUUUCUAUGGACGAUGAUGUAAUAAUUUCAGAAGAUCUUACUGAUGACGAAAUCGUUUCUACGUAUUCUUCUUUGGAGACUGAAGCAGAAAUAGAAGAAGUUUAUGAAGAAACUUCAGUAAACAUUUCAAAGCGUGAGGCAAUGGAAGCUUUGGAGACUUUGCAUAAGUAUUUUGAGAUGUCAAAUAUUGACGAUCAAAGAAUUUUUGAUCAAAUUUAUGCCAUCGAGAAACAGGUUUUAGCAACUAGCCAUCAAAUACAAACCAAUAUAACCGAUUACUUGAAGUCAUAA